GGCUCUUCUGCAACAUGGGAAAAGAAGAAGCCAGAUGGUAAAGGAAGUCGCUGGCCACAGGGAGGUGGGGAUGGGAGGCUCUGCUCCUCUCCAUCCUCCACAGGAGGAGGUCUGAGGAUGUGGGUCACUUCACCCUGAUUCUCUGGACUACUGAGCACCCCAGUGUCCUCCCUGGGCCUCCUCUCCUGCCUUGUGGCUCUGCUGCUCUCAUUUCCUGGAGGGCCUCUGGCCAUGGCUUGGCUCCUGCUUCUGCUGUUAUCAGCAUGUCUGCAAGCUGGGAACUCAGCAGGAUCCAACAGAGACAAUAUCUAUGGGGUGAACCAGCCAGCACGUCUCUCUGGUGUCCAGGGCAGCUCCAUCGAGAUCCCAUUUUCCUUUUCCUUCCCCUGGGAGUUGGCAAAGGAUCCUCAGAUAAGUAUAGCCUGGAGAUGGAAGAAGGUCCAUGGGGAAUUUAUCUACAACUCCACCUUAGGUUUCAUACAUGAUCAUUUCAAGAACAGGCUCACCCUGAACUGGUCACAGGGUCAGACACAUGGAGUCCUCAGAAUCCUGGACUUGGAGGAGAAAGACCAGACCAUGUACUUCUGCAGAGUUUAUCUGCAAACGACAGAAGGCAGGAAGUUUUGGCAGUCGAUUGACGGGACCCAACUCACGAUCACCGAGGGCAGCACCACCAUGAGGAGCCCCUCCACCCUCCCCUCUGCAGUCACCACAGCUGGAAGCAGGCACACAGAGGGCCAGAGGAGCCCUUCACUGGUGACCCUGGGAGCCAUGGUCGGGAUGGUGGUAACCAAGGCAGUGCUCAUAACUGCCAUCUCUGUGUUGCUGAUCUUCCUCUGGUGGAAGAAAAGGUGA